CUCUGUGAAAGAAGUGAAUCCUGUGCAAUUGUCAUCAUGUGAAGUUGAGCCUGUUCUUCUCAGGGUUUCUUUGGAAUAUAAUUACUGGGAGAUGGAUGGCCAUAAUGCACACAGGACUUUUUCUAAGACUUCAUUUGAUCAUGUAGGUAUAGACUAGUUCUAUUCUGUACAAGUCAGAGAAAUCACCUACACAUGGAUAAGUGUGUGAAGGAGGAUUUAAGUCACCAUGCAGAAGAUGAAUGACCGCAGAGUCUCCGGGAAUCAGAGUCAUUUCUCAGCAGAACAAGACUCAUCAUCCUCCUUUAUGCCAGACACUAUACUCAGGAUAGCCCUCAUUAUCUCCCUCCUCUGCCUCUCUCUGUUUGGAAACAUUAUACUUUUAGUGGUUUUUCAUCGCAAGCCUCAAUUGCUUCAAGUAGCCAAUCGGUUUAUCUUCAACCUUCUGGUGGCUGAUCUUUUGCAAACAGUGUUGGUGAUGCCUUGUGUCAUUGUCACUUCUCUGCCGGACAUGUGGCCUUUGGAUCAUGGGCUCUGUGGUGCUGUGGUUGUGUUAAUGCAUCUAUUUGCUUUUGCAGGAGUGAACACCAUAACAGUGGUUUCAGUAGACAAAUAUUUGGCUAUUAUACAUCCACUGUCUUACCCCUCCAAGAUGACCCCAAGAAGAGGGAGCCUACUUAUUUCCUGUACUUGGAUUUUCAGUAUCAUUCAGAGCACCCCUCCUCUUUAUGGAUGGGGACAAGUUGAAUUUGAUCUUCAUAGUCACUACUGCAAAGUCUUGUGGGCUUCAAGUUACUCCUACACAUUGCUCAGUGCUUUGUUUUCCUUUAUCUUACCAGUGAGCAUUAUGUUAGCGUGCUAUGGAAUGGUUUUCAGAGCGGCCAGAAGGCAAAAUGCAUUAGUGCACCCAGUACAGACAAAUGGAUGUGACAGGUCUGAUGGGACAAGGCCCACUACAGUAAACACUCUUGACAAAACAAGUCACCAUCGACCUCUAUAUCACUGCAAAGCAGCCAAGGUUAUAUUUGCUAUUUUGUCAUCAUAUAUAAUUAGUAUGGGGCCCUAUAGUAUUCUCAGCAUUGUUGCCUCGAGUGCCAAUUCAGUAAUUCCUAAGUGGGUAACGUCAUUAGUGCUAGUACUAUUCUUCCUGCAGUGUUGUAUACAUCCAUACAUUUACGGUUACAUGCACAAAAGCUUGAAAAAGGAGUUUCUUUUGCUCUUGCACGGGUUUUUCUGUAAGCAAGUGCAUCCCCAGAACGCUACCGUAGACAGCUACAUCAUUCUUACCGAUGGAAGGAUUUUUCAGUCCCAUUUUUCCACUGGUCCAACAGUGAAAUUCUUAGAAGAAGAGACAACAAUUUCUGUAAUCACUGGGAAAAGUAUGAACAAUUUAAAGUUAAAAGACAACAAAAAGGAAAGUAGUUCAGUGAAUUUGACUCCAGAUAAAGAGUCAAGUUUACAAGAGAAAAGUCCUGAUUUACCACAUCAUAUUAGCUGUUAAACAGUUUUUUUGUUUUUUUUUCCACAAAUCAUAUAUUUAAUGCAUUGUGAGAUAACCAUCUGGGGUUUGUAGAUUCUUAAGUAUGAAAAUGAUUUUAAAAUAGAGGUUCUGUUAUUUGAAAACCAACAUGUAUUAAAUAUAUGAGCCAUUUUGCUAAAAA